GACCACUGCGAACCGCUGGCGAUUUCAAUUUUCAGUUUCAAAUCUCCUCCUCUUCCUCCUCCGUCCCCGACUUCGCGAGCAGUUUAGUUCUCCCCAACCCGCCCGCUCCAUUCUGCUCCCCUCCAUACAGCACCAACUCCGGAAGCCCUAGCCCUAUCCCUUCCCCUCGUCUCGUCGCCGACGGCGGCCGAGGAUGAGCGGUCCGGACUUGGGCACCUCCGCCGCGACGUCGAGCUGGGCCCGCUGGUCGGCGUCGGCCAUGGUGGGGAACGCCGGCGCAGGGCGAGCCAGGGCGGCAGCGCAGGACGAGAAUCGCGUCGCGCUCGGGGACCUCACCAACGUCGUCGUCGGCGGCGGCGGGAGGUUCGGCGCGGCCGAUGCCGAAAAGGAUGUGGAUGAAGCUAGAAAGUUGAAAUCGGCCUAUGAAGAUCUUGAGUGGCUAAAAGGAAAACUAUUGGAGGAGCAGCGGCGCAGGGAAAGAGCAGAGAUGGAACUAUCAAGGCUGCAGGGUAUUGAAGCUAGAGCACAUCAGUUGGAGCUUCAAUUAGCAUCAUGUAGAGCGCUGCUCAGCAACAAGCCUAAUGGCUCUUCUUAUGUCAACAUACCUCAACACCUUGCAGAUUUGGAAAAGCAAGCAGUGACAAAUUUGAACAAAGUUGGUGAAGCAACCCUAGCUAAGGAAAGGGCUGAAAGUGCUACUUGGGAGGUCAGCCGACUUGAACAUAUGGUUGCUGCCGUCAGCGAAGAAAGUGAUAGACUAAGAAAUGACAAUACUAUGAUGACUAAACAAGAACCUAGAGAUGGAGAUGAUGUACCUUUGAAGGAUAUGUUGUCAUGUCUACCUGGAAUGGAUAAUGUAGUGAGUGAACUGGAGAGUACUAUAGACCAACUGAACGAACUGAUUACUAACCAGCACACUAAACUGAAUAUGAUGAAUGAAAGACUGAGCAUUGAAGGAAGAGAAACGGCGUCUUUGGAGCGAGAGCGAGAUCAACUGAGCUUGCAGGUAGCCAUACUAGAGUCAAAGUUAGGUCAUGGAGAUUACUCUGCCUCAGGCACAGAAGUACCGUGUAUGGUAUUUACUCUUGCAGUGGACAGUGAAGCAAAGCCCGAGCUAAAGAAAACAAAAGAGUGGCUGCAGGCAGUUGAAGAACUAAAAGGACAAGCUGUGUCAGGUUCUGUAAAGAAACAGCCUGUUGUUAUUGAAAUCUGUGACGAUGAGGAAACAUCGAUGUGGUGUGAUGAUGAUGAUAAGAAGCUUAUUCUUAAAUCAAAUCCCUCUAGCAUUGGCGAACCAGAGGGUGAAUCGUGCCAGCAAAGGGGGUCUUGUGAAUGGUUCUUCCGUGGCAAUAAACUAAUGCUUUCUUCUGGAAUGAAGAAGUACAUGGAAGAGCUUUGUGGUUAUGUUCCGCCAGAGAUCCCAUUUUACUUGUAUCAAAUGAAUAAAUCAAAUUUGAAGAGUAAAGGAAAGAUGAGGCUCUCGGCAAAGUACAUCUCUAAGCCCUUUCUUUCUUGCUUGCACAAUGGGGAGGGCUAUGCUCGGUUUGAAGUUGAUGGUGAAGAUCGUGGUACGGUUAGAGUGAACCUGUCAGCAGAUGGCCGUGCCAGUCUCACAUCAGGUUGGGCAAGUGUGAUUGAAGCUAAGGAUAUUAAAGUUGGCGACAUAUGCGCCUUCCACUUCAAGAUUUUUGAUGGUGCUCUUAAGCUGUCUGUCCAUGUGUUCCAUGUGGUACGGUACUUGGUGAGUGUGAGAUAAUUGCAAGCCGAGUGUUUUUGUGCGGUGUAGGUAACAUGGCUAGGACUUUAAACUAUGCCCGUGGAAAGGGCGCUAGUUUAAUUCAAGAACUGCGCUUCUCGAGUUAAAAAUUUUAUGUGCAACUGGGUCAGUAUAAAGUGCCGAAGUAGCAGAAACUUACCAUUUGGUAGUGUUUAUCUUAGGCAGAAGCUUUGC